UUCGUGCCUCUUGUUCUUCUCCUCAUGUAGUGGAAGCACUCGUGUGCGAUUAUGGCGUUGUCAGUGAUUAAUCUCCCGGGGACAAAGGCACUCUGUGUCUCCUCCACAAUAUCAAUAUCAUGCAGGAAAGUCUUUAGCCUAUUUCGUUUUACCUUUUCACCUUUUCCUCCCUUCCAUUUACUGGGCAAAAAUCAAAAUGUAAUUUUGUGGAGAGGGUAUAGUGCUAUAUAUACUGCGAUUACAGUGAGGUGUGGUUGCGAACUUGCGGUGGAGAGAAAGAGCGAGUAUGGAGAGCGAGUUGAGAGAGAAGAGGGUGAAGAAAGCGGAGGCGCUGGUGGUGAAGGCCAUGGGAGGCAACGACGCUUCUCACGACGCCGCGCAUGUGUGGAGAGUUCGAGACCUUGCUCUCUCCCUUGCCACCGAAGAAGGACUCUCUUCUCAUCCUCAAUCAUUGGAAAUCGUUGAGCUUGCUGCGCUGCUUCAUGAUAUAGGUGACUACAAAUACCUGAGGGAUCCAUCUGAGGAGAAAAUUGUUGAGAAUUUUCUCGAGGAAGAGGGAGUGGAGGAGAACAUGAAGUCAAAAAUUUUAAAGAUCGUCAGAGGAAUGGGUUUCAAAGAGGAGGUGACAGGAAAAGCAAAUAAUGAAUGGUUUCCAGAAUUUGGAGUUGUGCAAGAUGCUGACAGGCUUGAUGCUAUUGGUGCUAUAGGAAUUGCGCGCUGCUUCACCUUUGGGGGGAGUAGGAAGAGGAUGCUGCAUAAUCCUGCCAUUCCUCCAAGAUCUGAUUUAUCGAAGGAGCAAUACAUGAACAAAGAGGAACAAACUACGAUAAAUCAUUUUCAUGAGAAGCUUCUCAAGCUCAAAGAUAUGAUGAAAACCAAGGCUGGACAGAGGAGGGCUGAGAGAAGGCACAAGUUCAUGGAGGAGUUUGUGAAAGAGUUCUAUGAUGAAUGGAAUGGUUUAAGCUAAUAAGUACUUGUUCUCAUCACUAUGCAUAUUUACACUUGAAAUAUAGCAUUUAGUAGUGCUUGUUUUAAUUAAGAUGUUAUAAUUAGUUUUUUUUUUCAUAUUCAGAAUUGGAAAAUAAUCAAUUUUAAAUUAUAAUCAAGUUAUUUUGAGUAAUUUAUCUAAAAUAAA